AUGAUAAACUUCUCCAAGCUUGCAAACUAUUCAAGGGAGGAUAUGAGGAAUCUCCUACUUCUUCUCCAGGAAUUCGUGAUCACCUACAAAGACAACAAGGUCAAGAUUAAUUAUCAGUCUAGACCUGUUAUGUUGUUCUUGGGUACUUUAGUGUCGACUGCUGGGCUCGGGAUCCUACUUACACUUCGAAGCAUCAUCCAUCAAGUUCGAGAAGCUCAGUUAAAUCGGAGAAAUAAUCGUCCAGCGUUGAUCCGACAAUCUUCAACUAUCCUCAAAAAUGGUUCAAGAGAAAUAUUCAUACCCUCCGGCAGGAACGGAAGUACCCGUAUCAUCAUUCCCAAGCCCAAUCUUGACCAAUAUGCGGCAGACAAAUACCUAUACAAGAACUUUCACAUCGACCAAAAGUUCAGACUGCAAAAUAAACUUUUCAAUUCCAAAUUUUUGAACCAGUUGCUGAUUAUGUGGCGUAUAUUGAUCCCACGGUUCUAUCACAAGAACACGUCUCUCCUUUUGUCACAGUGCUUCUUUUUGAUCUUGAGAACGUGGUUGUCGUUACUUGUGGCUAAACUCGAUGGUCAGCUUGUCAAAAACUUGAUUGGAGGUAAUGGCAAGAAAUUUGCCCGUGAUUUGAUUUAUUGGCUCUUAAUCGCCUUCCCUGCAUCCUAUACAAAUGCUGCUAUCAAGUAUUUGACUUCAAGAUUAUCGUUGAGUUUCCGUACAAACUUGACGAGAUACAUCCAUGACAUGUACUUGGAUAAAGUUAUGACUUACUACAAAAUUUCACUCAACAGUGGUCUGAUCGAAAAUAUCGACCAGUACAUCACCAACGAUGUGGCAAAGUUUUGCGAUUCUAUCUGUGGUCUCUUCUCUAGUAUGGGUAAACCUAUGAUUGAUCUUUUAUUUUUUGCGGUUUACUUGCGUGAUAAUUUGGGAACCGGGGCCAUUGUUGGUAUUUUUGCCAACUACUUUUUGACGGCAAUGGUGUUGAAAAUGAACACACCUGCGUUUGGGAAAUUGUCAGCUAACAGGACCCACUUGGAGGGUCAAUAUUAUAACCAACAUUUGAACUUGAUAACAAAUUGUGAGGAAAUUGGUUUUUACAAGGGUUCAAUCAUCGAGAAAAAUAAGUUGAAUGAAGUGUUCCACAAACUUGUGGGUCAUAUUGACAAGGAAAUCAAUAUAUCCUUCUCCUACUCGGUUUUAGAAGACUACAUCUUGAAGUAUACAUGGUCUGCAUGGGGUUAUGUUUUUGCUGGUCUUCCUGUGUUCUUGGAUGAUAUUUGGCCCAGCACAGCUUCAAAAGAGAAAAACGCUGUUAAUGAGAGACAGAAUAUGAGACAGUUUAUCAUUAACAAAAGGUUGAUGUUGUCGUUGGCAGAUGCUGGAUCCAGGUUGAUGUACUCGAUUAAAGAUGUAUCUGAACUCACGGGAUACACCGAUAGAGUAUUUAACUUGUUGACUAACUUGCAUCAAGUGCACCUGCCCACAUUCAGCUAUAAUUCCAAGUUGGGAUCUUCUGAUAUUCAUGGAACGAUCCAAAAGAACUACCAAAGUGGUAUCAGGUUUGAGAAUUUCCCAGUAAUUAUUCCUGGGGCCAAUGGCUCAGAGGGAGAAAAAUUGAUUGAUCUGUUGAAUGCUCAAAUUUCUCAAGGGCAGAAUUUGUUAAUCUUGGGUUCUAAUGGGUGUGGUAAGACUUCCAUCGCCAGAAUCAUUGCUGGUUUAUGGCCAUUAUACUAUGGACUUCUUUCCAAACCCAGCGACGAAGAUAUUUUCUAUCUUCCCCAAAAAACCUAUUUCACCAACGGCAAUCUUCGGGACCAGAUCAUUUACCCUCACAGCUACGACGAAAUGAUUGAAAUGGGCUACAAUGACGACCACUUGUACCAUAUUUUGCGCGAAGUCAAGUUGGAGUAUCUUUUGACCAGAGAGGGAAACUUCAAUGCGAAGAAGGACUGGAAAGAUGUCUUUAGUGGAGGCGAGAAGCAGAGAAUGAGCAUUGCGCGGGUUUUAUUCAAGAAUCCCAAAUUUGUGAUUUUGGACGAAUCCACCAAUGCUGUCUCAACCGAUGUUGAAGAUUAUCUUUUCGAGUUGCUCCAAAAAAAGAAGAUUACUUUUAUCACGUUGUCGCACCGUCCGUUGUUGAUGAAGUACCACGACUAUUUGCUCACGAUAAAGAACGAGAAUGGCGAUGCUACCAACUGGGAAUUUCAAGAUUUGACAUCGGAGGAAAACUUGCAGAGCAUUGAUAAUGAGAUCAAGGAAAUUGAGGGCAAGUUAUCUCAAGUUGAUGAGUGGGAAACCAGAAAGGACGAGAUCGAGCGGUACCUUGACGGAAAGUACGACGACAUCAAGGACUCAACUAUGGAAUUGCCGGAGUCAUCAAUCCCAUCGAUUGAGUAG